UUUCCUCAAUAUAUGGAGCAGCCAGAGAGCAGACACCGCGAGGACGUGAAUGCGCUGGAUCCGCUCAUCCUGGGCGGGAUCAUCCCGGACGUGGUGGACGAUUUCGUGCCGUGCUGCGAGAUGGCGGUAUACUACGGUAAGGAUCAGGUCACAAACGGGUGCGAGCUCGCACCAUUUGCCACAAGUUCGCCCCCAAACGUGCAGAUCGCCGGGAACUUCGAUGAUGGCUCUCUCUUCACGCUGGUGAUGACGGAUCCUGAUGCUCCAAGUCCGGCUGAGCCAUCACUGGGGGAAUAUCUUCACUGGUAAGCAGCAGCAAAGCAGCGCGGCUUUAUGCCAGAAUCAUCACUUCCACUAAAACGAAGAGCCGUAGAAAACACUAGAAAGAAAAAUCUCACGCUUUCCUUGGUAGGCUGGUGACUGAUAUUCCCGGAGGAACAGAUCCAAGCAAAGGGAAAGGGGUGCUGCCAUAUGAGAGACCAAAGCCACCAGCAGGCACGCACAGGUACACGUUUUGUUUAUUCAAGCAAAGCAGGCCCAUGAUGGCACUCGCGCCCGUCAUCCGGAGCAACUUUAGCACCAAAUGCUUCGCUCAAGAGCACGGCCUGGGCCUCGCAGUCGCAGCGCUGUAUUUCAAAGCACAAGGCAUGGAGCCAUAACAACUUGUAAGUGUCUACAUGAACAGUGUAAGUUGCAAGCUUGUCUCCCAAAGUUUUCUUUUUUUUACUAAGUUUUUCGUGCUCUUUUGCCCGACGAGCUACUGUGUGUGUCGAUCCAGCUGGUGCUUGACGAUUUACAGCGCACGCAGGAAAGCUCGAGCUUAUCCGCAGUUUUGUU